AUGGCCACUGAUUACGGCAAGAAAACCAACGCUGAGCUGAUUGAGAUCCUCAAAUCUCGAUCACUCCCUCACACCGGCAAGAAAGCUGAUCUUGUUGCUCGUCUCCAAGAAGACGAUGGAAAGAAAUCCGGAGAGGCUGCUGCGCCUGCUCCCGCUACGGCAUCGACUGAGACUGCUAAACCCGACGCGGUCGCUGACGAUGUCAUCGACUGGGAUGACGAUGUUCCCACAGAGACCGCCAAACCUUCCACGGAGGCUUCUGCGACUGCCAUUGCUGCUGGCGGCAAGGGCCCAGUAGCCAACCCUGUCGCUGUUCCCAACCAACAACUUGACAUCGACCCUGCUACCACCAAUGAUCUGAAGGUGGAAUCGACCGGUGCUGUCGACUCUGCAGCUGCCCCCGAGACCAAUGCCGCUGAAGCUGGGACCGAAACAAAGGCCGAGGAGAAGCCGGUGGUGGACUACACGCGUGGCCUUCCCGCCACUGAGCUGGAGGUAGAGUUGGAAAAGCGCAAGAAGCGAGCCGAGAAGUUCGGCAUCGUGGAAGAUGAUGAGACUGCACUUAAGGAGGCACAAAAGCAACUGGAGCGAGCUAAGCGCUUUGGUACUGGGGCUACAAGUGAGCCAGCCGCCAGUGUUGGGGUGAAGGGCUUGGACGAAGCCCUCCCCGACGAGCGCUCCCGUAAGCGAGGCCGCACCGAGCAAGCUGGUCGAGGAGGCAAGAGACGCGAUGUUGGUCGCAAUCGUAACCGUCGUGCAGAUGGUGCACAGAAUCGCAACGGCGGAGGCAACCCCACCAAGGCCGGACAGCAAUCAACGCAGCAGAAGCCAUUGGAUGAAAAGGACCGUCUUGCAAUGGAAGCCCGCAAGAAGCGCUUCGCUGCCGCGAGUUAA